GAAGCUGCCGGGCGGAGAGGCGGAGGCGAUGGAGGCGGCCAAGAUGGCGUCCCCCAAGAGCGCGCCUAAAGACGCGCAGGUGAUGGCGCAGAUCCUGAAGGACAUGGGCAUCACGGAGUACGAGCCGCGCGUCAUCAACCAGAUGCUGGAGUUCGCCUACAGGUACGUGACCACCAUCCUGGAAGACGCCAAAAUUUACUCGAGCCACGCGAAGAAAUCCAGCGUGGAUGCAGACGACGUCAGGUUGGCCAUCCAGUGCAGGACAGACCAGUCCUUCACAUCCCCCCCUCCCAGAGAUUUCCUCUUAGAUAUUGCAAGGCAGAAAAACCAAACCCCACUGCCACUGAUCAAGCCUUACUCUGGUCCCAGGCUGCCCCCUGACAGGUACUGCUUGACAGCCCCCAACUACAGACUGAAGUCCCUGCAGAAAAAGGUCUCCUCCUCAGCUGGCAGGAUCACUGUCCCUCGCCUCAGCGUCGGCGCCGUCAGCAGCCGCCCCAGCACCCCAACUCUGGGCACCCCCUCAGCACAGGCUGUCUCAGUCUCCACCAAGGUGGGGGCUCCCGUCUCGCUGGCCGGGCAGAGGUUCACUGUGCAGAUCCCCUCCUCCCAGGCAGCUGUCAAGUCAGCCACCCCGACGACUCCAACCGUUCAGAACGUUCUAAUUAAUCCUUCCUUAAUUGGACCAAAGAACAUUCUUAUCACCACGAACAUGGUGUCCCAGAACACACCUAAUGAGCCAAAUCCCCUGAAGAGGAAGCACGAGGACGAUGAUGACUACGACAACUUGUGACAGGGCUGUCCCCACCCUCAGGGAUUCCUCCAGCCGUUUCUGCCAAGAAUUCUUUGUAAACAGUGUGAAAAAAACGUCAAUAUUUUGUUCAUGUGGAGGGGGAGGGGCUGACACCUUCCUUGUGGCAGGGGGUGGGAAUGCUGCUCCUUCCUGAGGGUGUUUGGGAGCUGCUGGGGGUGGGAGCUGGAGCUGCCUUCCAAAUAACACCAAAACCAGAGGGUUUUGUGGGUUUUGGGGUGGUUGUUGUUUUAUCCCUUCCCGUUUUCAGCUUCCAGGUUGUGUUGUCUGCAGCUCCAGGGGUUUCCUGGAGAACUCAUCCUCAGGCACCCCAAAUCCAUCCUUCCUCUCCUCAUUAACACCCCCACAACUCCCGUGGGGCAGCAGAGCUCCAGGACACCAUUUUUCUGUAUUUCUCCCCAAAUUGCUCCUCCUCCUCCUCCUCUCUCUGUUUUAGGGAUCUGGGACAGGGAACUGCCUGGAGCUUGGCUGCCAGGACACAGAUCCAGGCCUGGGGGGGUCAGUUUGGGGGUGUCAGCUUUGGGGUGUCAGUUUGGGGGUCUCAGUUCUGGGUGUACAGCUCUGGGGGUGUCAGUUCUGGGGGUGUCAGUUCUGGGUGUCAGUCUUGGGGUGUCAGCUCUGGGUGUACAGCUCUGGGGGUGUCAGCUCUGAGGGUGUCAGCUCUGAGGGUGUCAGUCCUGGGGGUGCAGCUCUAGGGGUGCAGCUCUGGGUGUCAGUUCUGGAGGUGUCAGUUCUGGGUGUACACCUCUGGGGUCUCAGCUCUGGGGAUGUCAGUCCUGGGGUGUCAACUCUGAGUGUACAGCUCUGGGGGUGCAGCUUUGGGGUGUCGGCUUUGGGGUGUCAGUUCUGGGGGUGUCAGCUCUGGGUGUCAGCUCUGGGGGUGUCAGCUCUAGGGGUGUUAUCCUGGGGUGUCAGUCCUGGGGUGUACAGCUCUGGGUGUGUCAGUCCUGGUGAAUAAAGUUGUUGUUUUUUCCU